AGUAGUUCGUGUAGGAAACUAUUCACAAAAACAACAACAGAGUUAUCUCGAUUCCACAAUUCUUAAUUUAUAUUUUACACAGUUUUUUAAUAUGUUAAUAUUAAAUAAUAUCGUCAAUAAAAAUAAACAGUUAAUAAUUAUUAACAAUAUCCAUCUAAUAUCUAUGCGUGCCACGUGAGCAUAAUGCAUAUUAUUGCGUAUUUUAAAAUGCAAAUUCCGAUUUGCAGUCUUAAUUUUGAGUAACACAAUGUACCUAGGGCCUCUGACCUUAAGAGGUACUUACCUACUUGGGUAAAAAUGUAAAGUUGGUUGUAGAUACCUAUUUUUACCGAAGAACUCUGAACGGCAUGUAAUGAACUUGUUGACAAUAUCUGUACACCGAGUAUGGUCCUCGUGCAAAGGAAGGCGGGGACAGCCUGUAAGCUACCUAGGUAAUGCGAAUGAUUGGAAACUAGCAACAUACAUAACUUACUUUCGUCGAAAGUAAAGCGACAAUAGAAACUAUGUGAACUUUUGUAUUAGUGGUAAGCCAAUGUUCCAAAGCUGGAAACAACUGCAAACUUGAAUAAACUGUCAUGUCAAACGUCCAGACCGUGACGGUCAGAAAUAUGGCCCGCCAUAGAUAUUUAGUCUACUUGAUCAUAUGGCUGUGCAUUCUUUUUCCAGUGUUGUAUUUCAAGAUUUCUGAUCGCCCUGUACCUGAUAAUAAGACUGUGAACACAUCUGAAAACUCUGCACAGAAGUAUAAAAAAACAGUGUCCAGAAUCGAUUACAGUGAACUUACUAAAGUUUGCAAUCCUCCCCACAUGAUCGAACCUGGUGAUGAAGGAGAUAUUGGCUUUCUAAACAACAGUCUUACAAUCCAAGGAGUAAUAAUACUGACUAGACAUGGAGAUCGUGGGCCAAUGAAUCAUGUUCGAAACAUGGCUGAUAUAGACUGCAGCAUGGAACCUGAUCAGGAGUAUAAUGAUUAUACCAAAUUCUUGCAAAACAUAUUCUUCAACAUGUCAUUACAGUUUUUAGGUCCUUUUCAUGGGUACCCAUUAUAUCCACCACAAAACAAUUGUUCCAUAAGUCAACUAACUCCAAUUGGUGUAUCCCAAAUGCUGAAGCUUGGACGAACGUUGCGUUCUGUAUACCACCCUUUGCUUAGUGUUUCUAAUUCUGAUGACAUAAUAAUAUAUAGCACUAAGUAUAGACGUACAUUCCAAAGUGCAUUGGCGUUCAUGUAUGCAGUUCUGUCACCAGAUGUAUUGUCCAAAGUCACGUUCAAGGAGAGUGAUAGUUAUAGUUAUUGUUUUGAUCAUUGUGCCUGUUUCAAUGUUAAUAGUUUACAAAUGAAAAUAAAACAGUCAUCUGCAAGACGAUUAAAGGGCCGUAGAGUAGUAGAAAAAAUGCUCAAACGCAUACAUAAUGUAGUACAUCUGAUGUCUAGUAGUGUACGGGUAGACCCUUACUUACUUAGGGAUUCUAUUAUGACAUAUGUGUGCCAUGGUGCACCACUUCCUUGCUUUCAGAAUGAUUGUAUAACACGUGACAAUGUAGAGCAGCUUUUCAACUACAUUGACUGGGACUUGGAACGUUAUGCUAAACAUGGGCUGUUGCGAAAAUAUGGACUACUAAAGUCUUAUGGUUUUGCACUGAAUAUUGCUAUGAACUUGUUGAAGAUGGUAUCCGAAAGUAAACCUCGUCUGGUCCUAUACUCAGGUCACGACUUGACUGCUCAAUACCUUUUAGCGGCAUUUGGAGUUCUUAAUGCCCAAACUAUGUCGCCGCACUAUGCUUCCCGUCUAGUAUUUGAGGUAUAUCGAAACAACACGGUUGAUACUACAUACCCCGGUAGAGACUUUUACUUUAGAGUAAUUUUCAAUGGCAAAGAUGUGACCCGAUCAGUGGCCUUUUGUAAAACCCGUGCUGGCAGCUGGACUAGUUCAUCAAUUUACCUCUGCCCAAUUGAGUCUGCUAUUAGGUUCAUACAUGAUGAUUAUUUUACCAUUUUCAAUGCUUCCAACUACAAGGAAGCAUGUGGCACCCGUUCUUGAAUUGUAAGCCUUCUUUUUCUAGAGUCACUAAACCGAAUUCAUAUAGGUAAUUAUUGUGACAUAAAAUUGUUUUUUUCUUGUUGAUGUAAAACUAUAAAUAUCACUUAUAUUAUUUUCUGUUUUACUAUUAUACCACUGAUCAUUAAUAAUUUCACUACCUACAUCUGAUUUUACAUAGGUAGAGUACCUAUUUGAAAACAUAUAUUAUUAAACUGUAAAAUUAAUUAUCAGGACAUAAUUAUAUAGUAUAUUGUAUAGUGUUAUAGUUAUGGCAACAAAUUACUAGGUGAUUAUAACAUAAUGAAAUCUACCUACAUUAAAAUAUUACAUACAUAUAUUAUGUUAGAAUUAUAAUUAUUUCUAGUCAGUAGUUGCAUAUUGUCUUUCCGUUCAUUUUUUGAUAACAAAAAUGUACCAAAUUAUUAUUAAUUAUUCAUACUUUUUGGUUGGUUAUAAGAUAAUAAAAUAGUUUUGAGAUUUGUAUCGAAAAAACAUUAGUUUUUUCAGUUUAUUUAACAGAAAUGAUAAGCAAUACUAGUAAAAAUAUAUGUAUAAUGUAUACAUACAUAUAUAUAUAUAUUAUUUAAAUUAUUUUUUUGUAUAGAUAGUAAAUUAAUAGUUUAUUAUACUGUACACUCAUUACUCAUUAGUCAUAAAUCAUAAUUAUAAUGAUAUAUACAUUUCAAUAUAAUUGAAUGUUAUUGGUUAAAUUUUGUUACUGAAUGAUUUUUAUAAAUAUCAUCAAGAUUAGUUCUGUGCUUGAGGUCUUGAGGAGUUCAUAAGUUCCAAACAGCCUAACAUUCAUUUUUAUUGAUUAAAAUGCUAUUAAAGUAAUUUAUGUUAUUUUACAAUCAGUAAUACAGUAGGUUGAAUUAUUUUUGCCAAAAACAUUGCGUUUUAAAAUGUCAUGUUUGUAUAAAACAUUGUAAUAUACUUUAAAAGUAAUCAUCUUUAAUUUUACUCACGAAUAAUAUUUUAAAAUUACAAUAAAAUAACUAAAAUCGUUA